UUUGAAAAAUAUGUAAAGUUUUUUUGUUCUUAUUCUUUAUAAAAAAAUGAAUAAUUGCGCAGUAUAUCUGAUGAAGAUAAAAUGUCAUACACUAAGGCGGAUCUAAAUGUUUACCGAAGUAGAGGUGGACGUAAUUAUUAAAGUAAGUGACAGAGAAGAAAAAGAAAUAUAUAGAUUUUAAUUCUCAUUCAAACACUACCAUUCUAAAAUAUAAAAGUGGAUCGAUCAAGGUUAAUUUUGAUUAUUGUCUUUGCACUUUGUGCACUGGCAUUGGUAUUCGGCAUUGUCGCUGUUGCCACACCGUCAUGGAUAAAAUCAAAAUUAAUAGUACAAGGCAGUAAUACUGAUUUAACGGCGAAUUAUGGUUUAUUCAAAACGUGUACAAAAGACCUUGGUUGUAGCUCACGCACAUCGAUCAUACCAGUUGUUCUCUCUAUUACUGCCCUAGCCGCAGUAGGUUUGUCCACGAUGUUAACGUUAUCGGUAAUUGUCAUCAAAAAGUCACCUCGAUUUCUCUGCGCAAUAUCAGUUGUCCUUCUCAUUGUCGCGUCAAUACUUAUAAUCGCCAGUAUUGUUCAAUUUUUAACAUUCAGUGCAAUUAAUGAUCUACCAACUUCAACUUCUCGUCAGGGUACUGCUUCAUAUAAAACAUCAGCUGAUUAUAGUCUUGGCCUCAUGCUGACAACUCUGGCAUUAUUAAUUGUUGCUGCACCUGUAGCAGCUUCAGCGGUCGAUGGACUUAUUCUUAAUGAUAGAUUUUAA